AACUUCAAAGUUAACUUGAGUCUCCAACCCUCAUGUUAGAUUUGGUUUUAGUGUUAAAAUAUCAAACAAGCAAGGAUCUUCGAUUUUUAAUAUCGGUUUGAAAGUUUUAGAAAUGGGUCGUUGACGUCUAGCAAUGCCAAUUUAUGAAGAUUAGAUAAAGUAAAAAUUAAAAGUUGCUCCAAUAGCAACAUCGAAUGUAUGAUAUAUAUGCGGAUAUAUAAAGAAAAUUAUAUUGUAAACAUAUUUGUUGUUUAUAUCAUCAAAGUUGGUUUCCGUAAGGGUCAAUAGCAUAGGUCAAUCCAAUCCACUGAUAUUCUUUCUCCUCAUCGUCUUUCUGUUGGACCAAUCGGAUUCAAGUCAAACUUCAGCCACCAUGGAAGACAGCCGUGUACGGUGGUCCGAUCUUCCUCCUGAACUUUGGCCAAUCAUCGGCAAACGCCUCGAUACCUACAUCGACGUCCUCCGAUUCCGCAGUGUCUGCCGAUCUUGGCGUGCUUCUCUACCUCCUUUCAACGCCGUUUCUCCUCUUCUACCUCUCGAUCUCCCUUCUCCAGUCUUCGCUGCCGAUCAUCUCACAGACGCCUACCUUAUCCGGAGAAUAAUCUACCGCCUCAGUCCUCUCGAUCAUCAUCAAACUUUCGAUUUUGCUUCUUCUUCUUCUUCUUCUUCAUCAUCAUCAUCUUCUUCUUUUUCUUGUCCUGCAGAGGGCUGGUUAGCGAAGGUCGAGAGUACAAAAUUGGGUAAAAUGCGCUUUCUCCAUCCGCUUUCAACACGCUAUGCUAAAUGCAACUCCGAUCUAUUACGGAAGGAAGUGAACUUGCUUGAUUUUGGAAUUUACGAAGUAGCUAAAUCUUAUACUCUUGGUUAUACUAAUGGUUCUCUUGUUCCUCGAAUUACUAAGGUUGUAAUGUUCCCUGAUUCCCCCUGGAUUGAUGUUAAGAAAUGCACCAUUUUAGCAAUUUACGCCGGUGGAAAAUUAGGGUUUGCUAAACAUGGAGACAACAAAUGGACGCUGAUCGACCAUUGUAAUUUCCACUACGACGAUGUGAUUGUGUACAAAGGGCAAUUCUAUGCAGUUGAUCGAUGGGGAACAAUAUUCUGGAUUGAUUCAUCCAUGAAAUUGGUACAGUUUUCUCCUCCAUUAUGUGGUUUUGGUAAUCAAAAGCAUUUGGUUGAAUGUAACGGUGAACUCUAUGUUGUUGAUCGAUUUCUGGAUAAGGAACCAUUGUUAUGGAAUGCUGAUAUCUUCCAUAUCCAUUGGUUGAAUAAUCUCAUUGAAGAUUCCUCUCCUAAAGUAAUUGAUUUCAAACUUCAUAGGCUUGAUCAAGAGUGGGGAAGAUGGGUUGAGGUAAAAAAUUUGGGGAAUGAAUCCUUUGUUUUGGGAAAUGAUUGUUGUUUUUCAGUUUCAACUCCAUAUUUUAAAGGACUUAAAGGGAGUUGCAUAUACUUUACUCAUACACCAAAAUGUGCUCUUGGUUAUAACACUCUUGUAUUUGAGCUUGAAGAGAAAAGGAUUCUGAACGCCUUUUCAAAUGAUAAUGCACCAAUUUUUCGGCCUCCCCCAAUUUGGCUCAAUUUGGAGGCAACUCAGUUUGAAGAAGAUGCAGCUGAUAAUCAAUAAGGUAUUGUAUGAACUGAGAUUUCAUUUACAAAUUAACGUUCGUAUCUAAACAGUUUAGCAUUCUCUUUGUUGUACACUCUGGUCAUAGCUAUUCAGGGUUGGAGUUUGUAUUGUGGGUGUCAAGUUCUAAUUAGUGAUUUAUGAAUCUUGGUGUGGCUGUUGUGUAGUAUGUAAUAGUUUUAAUUAUGUGUAAACAUGUAUUAUUAGGCAUCUUUAUAAACUAUGUUGUUUUUUAUGACUUUGUUUGAAUAGUGGAUUCGGACCUACGCAUACUUCAA